AUCAUAUAUUUUUAUCAACUUAUAUACACAAGCUAAUCAAUCAGAAGUGAAAAUUUCUAGCAUUAUGUAAAUAUAUAUAUGUCUGAAAUUAUUUUUGUUUCUUUUAAAUUUUUCUUUUUGUGAAGUAUAGUAUUAGCUGAUAAAUUUCGAUAUACGUCAGAAGGAAAUGCAAUAACUAUUAAGGGUAUUGAUGAUGUUCAACAAUUUUUAGCAAUACGUGAAGCACUUGCUCUUGAUAUUGAAAAUAAAAUUCAAAUAUCAAUAUUUCAUCUUUUAUCAGCUAUAUUUCAUUUGAAAAAUGUUAUUAUUAAUGAAGAUAAUGAAGAAUCAAGUUUUAUCAAAGAAUCAGAUAAAGAAUUUUCAAUAUUUUGUUCUCUUAUUUAA